AUGAGUGACAUUUUGUCCUUAAAAGAGUCGGUUCUGGUGUAUUUAGACAGAAGUGGAGGACUUCAGAGACUGGGAGAAGACUGCAGACCUUUUAACGAGCCGCAGCAGAUGGAGGCGGUCUACAGGUUCUGCAUCAGUGUGAAUCCCUCAGAUGUGAUCGAGGUGGAUCCUGAGCUGGGAGACUGUGUUCUGCAGGAUCCUCUCACAGCAACUGCACUGUUUCAGUCUGUUUGCUUCCUGGCCAUAAAGACUCUUUCACUUCUCGAUAAGAUCCACACAGAGAGUCAGGUGAAUGUGAUCCUGAAGUUCACUCACCUUCCUCCGUUCCCAGAGUACUCGUUGGACCUUUGUAGUUUUCCUCGGGGGAACGGGGCCAUGAGGCCGGUCUCCAUGGAGGGUUUAGUCAUCGCCAUAACGAGAGUCACCAAAUACACCCAGGGCGCUCGGUUCCUCUGCAGCGAUGAGGAGUGCCCUUGCUCUGCAGGGUUUCACCACAUCCGAGUUCAUGCACCCGGAGCCACAGAAUCGGCCACGGUGAGAAACGACUUCAUCUGCAGGAUCUGUGGCUCGGCUCUGAAAGAAGACGUGAAGUUCAGAGUACUGGGAGACAAACAGCUGGUGGAGAUGAUCCACUUCAGAGCUCUGGAUCUUCUGAGCGCUCAUCAGCAGAGCUCGCUCAGGUACCAGUCCGUCACCCUGUUCCUCAGAGAUGAGCUGUGUAACUCAAUGAGAAUCGGUCGACUCUACAGGGUUUUGGGGAUUCCUGCACAUGUGCACCAGUGGCCAAACAUCACCUGGAGUGUGGAGGCAAACAGUGUGAAACCCUGGGAGCCUGAGUAUCCACAUGAAGUCAGUGUGAGUUUCCAGCAGCUUCUGAACGUCACAUCUUCUUCUCGCUGGAGGUUUUGUGCCGUGUUGUCUCACUGCUUCGCGCUGAACGUGGCUCCUCCGGGUCUCUAUAACACCUUAAAGCUGGCCUUAUUGCUCAGCUUGGUGCAGAACAGAGUGGAUGAAAAAGAGACGUUUCACAACCUGGAUCUCCUCGCUGUCACCACUGACUCUCUCAUUCUGGACAGACUGAUGACGUACAGCUUGCAGUUGGCGAGUCGUGGAGUCAGACAUCAGGUGUCAGGAGAGAUGUUUGCUUCUCUUUCUCGAGACGGACUCGGCUCCGGCUCCGCUAACAUCCACGCCGGCUCCUCUCUGCUCGCCACGGGGGGAGUCUGCAUGCUGGGGGAUCUGGGAGGAUACAAGAAGGACAAGCUGGACGCCAUCCAGUCAGGUAGAGGCUCAAAGAGAUUCAUCCCACAGGCCAUAAGACUGUUCAACGCCUGA